AUGGACGAACUACCCGCCACCCCUCCGAGUACUGCAGCUACUAUCGUGGGCUUCCAGACUGUCCACAUCUUGUUGCGCGAUCUACCACGACUCCAUGGAAUGAUCCAAAUACUUGACCCUGUCGAAAAGCACGCUGUUGUUCCACUAUGGAAUGACUCUACAGGCCCAAUGCGUCGAAAGAUUCUCGAAGCUGUACAGAAUAUUGACUGGAACGCUAUCGACCUUCUCCAUUGCGGUUCCGCCGAUUUCAACAAUCGUCACCUUGUCCGACCAGUCAUCCUUUUCGUAUCAGUAAAGCCCGAAUCGACAACACGGCUGGAAGGAAGAGCCGUGGCCCUUAAAUGCCGCGACGUUCUACAAGAGCACGGUAUCAACGGCGUUGAAGUCGAAAUCAAGGAGUCCAGAAUCACACAGUGCUGCUCGAGCGAUCAGGAUCAAGCAGAAAGUGAGCCGUCGGCAGCGAAAUUCGGCACGACACUCAAAGCAGUCGAGGAGUUAUCCAACCUGGGAACAAGAAAUACCAAGACAUGA